GUGCGUGGCGUGCGUGGCUUGCUGGCCUGGAAGCACUGGACCUGUGAGGUGUGUGGACCUGUGGCGGUGAGAGGCUUUGGCCGACAUGGUUCCCAACGCACCAGUGGCUGAGCCCGAGUAUCCUAAAGGCAUCCGGGCCGUGCUGUUGGGGCCUCCCGGGGCUGGCAAAGGUACCCAGGCACCCAAAUUGGCUGAAAAAUUCUGUGUCUGCCAUUUGGCCACUGGGGAUAUGCUGAGGGCCAUGGUGGCUUCUGGCUCAGAGCUGGGAAAAAAGCUAAAGGCAACUAUGGAUGCUGGGAAACUGGUAAGCGAUGAAAUGGUAGUAGAGCUCAUUGAGAAGAAUUUGGAGACUCCUUCAUGCAGAAAUGGUUUUCUUCUAGAUGGCUUCCCUCGGACUGUAAGGCAGGCAGAAAUGCUCGAUGACCUCAUGGAGAAGAGGAAAGAGAAACUUGAUUCUGUGAUUGAAUUCAGCAUCCCAGACUCUCUUCUGAUCCGGAGAAUCACAGGAAGGCUGAUUCACCCCAAGAGUGGCCGUUCUUACCACGAGGAGUUCAACCCCCCUAGGGAGCCCAUGAAAGAUGAUAUCACUGGGGAACCCUUGAUCCGUCGAUCAGAUGAUAAUGAGAAGGCCCUGAAAAUCCGCCUGGAGGCCUACCACACUCAGACCACCCCACUAGUGGAGUACUACAGAAAACGGGGGAUUCAUUCUGCCAUCAAUGCAUCCCAGACCCCUGACGUCGUGUUUGCGAGCAUCCUAGCAGCCUUCUCCAAAGCCACAUCCUAGUAACAGAAGGCCAGGCGAGACUGCACCACUGCUCAUCACCCCGCGGCGUGAUCCCUGCUCUUAGGUGCUGGGCAGAGGGGAUGGGUGGUCAUGGUGAGGAUGGAGAGGGAGGGCUGCUGAGGGGCUCAAGAGGAGUAUUAAGAAGAGCAGCAGUGUGGUUGUAGUGAGGCAGAUUAUUGUACACAUGGAUGGUAACUUUAAAGUGUAAGUAAAGGGGAAAAUUAAUUUUUUUAAAAAAUUGUGCUCAAAGAAUAUGGGUAGAAAUAGGGAGGUACAGUAUUAUUUCUAAGGAAUUGGGUUUUCAUUUACUUUGGACUGGUAACAAUAUUUUUUUAAAGACAGUGCCCUGAGACCUCAGCUUUUAUCACCAAACCUCAUGUGUUGCCAGACCAAGAGUACAGGAAAUCAAACUCUUGUUCUUUCUGUCCAUGGCUUUGAACAGGGAGGGUUUGACUACUGACCCUGGUUUCUCCAUAGUGUAAGAUCAAAAAAUCAUCUCCACAUUUGAAAGAGAUGAAAUGUAUUCAUGGGGAGCAGGGUGGCUCAACAAAUCAAGUUUACUAAAGUCUGGGGCAGGGGAGGCUGGGCUGCCUCCCUUCCUCUGACUUACCAUUGAUUUACCAAUCCACCUGCUCUCAUGGGUGAGCACUCUGCAGCGACCCAGCACAUCCCACAAUCCUGCACUCUUGCCUUCUUUCAUCCAUGAUGUGUGAAGGGACUUUUUAAACUAAACAAGCAAGUGUCCUAAGCUUUAUCAUCCAAAGAUUGUCCUUUCCAUCUCAAAUCCUGUGACUGGAUCACUUGACAAUACUGUGAUGUAUUAUUUGCAAUGAGGUGCCUUUCUUAACUGACCAAAUGCUGCCUUGUUUCACCCUAAAUCAAUAAAAUAUGCUAAAAGUUUGUA